AUGAUAACUAACGAGGACCUGGUCAACAAGGUCACAGAGUAUGUGGAGGCCUACAUGAACAAGUUCGAUGGGUCACACGACUUCAACCACAUCAAAAGAGUCGUCGGCAUAGCACACCGUAUUUCAUCUUCGAUCACAUCUUCCAGUCCUACAGACACCACUGAUACUCAAACAAGCGCUCUCGACCCAACGAUUAUCACCCUUGCUGCUCUCCUCCACGACGUCGGCGACCAAAAAUACCUCGCAGAAGGUCAAGACCCUGCCACGCAAGUCCGUGACCUCCUCCUCAAUUUGGGCGCCUCCCCUUCGCUCGCCUCAAAGGUGCAAUCCAUCUGUCUAGCCGUCUCCUUCACUUCAGAGAUCAAAGACCCAUCUCACGCCCUCGAUCUCAUCGACAAGCACCCGGAAUUGGCCGUUGUUCAGGAUGCUGACAUGUUGGAUGCUAUUGGUGCCGUUGGCAUUGGGAGAUUGUUUACUUAUGGGGGUGCGAGGACGGACAGGAAUAUGCAUGGGAGUGUGGAGAUGAUGGAUUGGAAGCUCUUUAGGCUGGAGGGGAUGAUGAAGACAGAGAAGGGCAAGGAGAUGGCGAGAGAGGCGACUAAGAGGAUGCGGACGUUUAGGGAGUGGUGGGGUGAGGAGAUUGGGAAUGAAGAGUUUGGAGCUUCGGUUUUGAAGAGGAUGGUUGAGUGGAGCACUGAGGAUGGGAGCUCCACAGACAUCGCUGAAAGUGAUGCUGACCAGAACUAA